AUGACCGAAGAAGGGCACAAUAAGUCCAACGAUGCCACGACGCAAAUGACCAAGGCACGAGCAUUGGAGUAUUUACUCUGUCUACCCCAUGAGGCAGCUUUGGUUGAUUACUUGCUAGAUAAAGAUGCUCUAGUGGUCUGCCAUACCGGUCUACAUCAGUAUCGUUUAGCGGCAUGUUUUCUACAUGAGUGGUACACUACCAAAUGGCGUUCCCCUGCGAAACCCGUAAUUAUGUGUUUGGGCAUACACACGCAGGAAGACACCGAGACUUUCUCCAAGACGUGGCUGAUUGCGUUGCUGCACAGCCGCGUCGUCGGAGCCCUAGUCAACGGCCUCGUGAUUUUCGGCGCGGACCGCAUACCCCGCAGCCAUAUGUCUACCUUUGUCUGCAACCUUUUUACUGCUACCAUCCGACCCUCAAUUGACGUGCCCAAACAGAGAGAUAUCAGACAGAAAGAUACCAUUCGGCGAUCGUCGUUCUUGAAGGCGUUCGUUCCAACUGCCAGCUGCUUCCUUUCCAGUCUCGAACAGGCAUUGAGUGUUCUGUGUCUGGAUAACGAAAGCCUCAUACUUUGCCAAAAGAACUCGCCCAAGAUCGUUAAAUACAUCAACCCUAUCGUCAACCGCUGGAUCAAAUGUGACCAGAUUGUCAUCACCGCGUCCCCGGUAAUCCAACUGUUAUGGGAUGCACUCAAUUCACUACAGAUCAAAGUUACGAAAUCUAUCAACCCGAAUCAGAGCGAUGCUACCGUCAUAGAAGAACUCAAAACCAAACUUGUUUACUCCAAUGCAUGCCAAUUCCUCUCUACGCUCAUUCAUUAUAGAUACAUCUGCGACAAAAAUAAAGAACAAAAUUACAAGUGGUAUACAUACCCAGAGACAAACCACAUCAUCAACGGAGCCGUCUCCAGGGUCACCAAACCAGGCCCGGAUGGCGAAUAUGAACCCGUAUUCGAGUUGGAGCCGAGGUUAAAGGAAAUAUUCAGUGUUAUUGGAAGUAUUUCGAGUGAUGCGCUGGCUGCGCACACGCGUGUGCUAAUAAUCUUUAAUGACGAAUUUCUGCUAGAGCGUUUUCAGGAAUGUUUUGCGUCAAACCCCGAGUCACAUAUGGUCAACCAGAUUAGAAAGCUGUGCUUACGGGCGCAGAGCAGCACGUCUUUCUCUCCGACUCUCAGAACCAAAUUUGAUGCUUUGCUGUCAAAAUUGAAGGAGUAUCCGGCUACGACGACUUUUGGAGGAGGCGAACCGCCAUUGUGGGAUAAGCCCAUUAGACAUCACCACCCGGCGUUGGAGCUACGGACUUUACUUACGGGAGUGACUACGGAUCCGACGGCGAUCUCGCGAGCGCUGAUACAAGUGAAUCCUACCCAUGUGAUUUUGUCCUGUUACGACAUAGUAUGGUUAAGAGAACUGCAAUAUUCCGUGGCUCGACAGCGAACGUUCGGAAAGUGGAUGUCCUGUAAAUCUGUAAGGGAUACAACAGAAAAGAAUGAUGGCAGGCAAGAUACGGCGGAGAAAAUCAAGAGAGAGAUCAAGGGAGAGGAGGCCAAGGGCGAGGAAUAUGGUUCCUCGCGAAAGCGACGGCGUGCAAGCAGCGAGGGUCCACCGUCAAAGACGGCGAAGAACAAUCUUCAUGGAGCACGCCUGCUGAGGAUCGGUCAACAACUUGCUUUCGAGACGGACCACCUGCGUGCAGAUGGAAACAUACUUUCCGACGCGCACGUCCGCUGCUCGGAGAGCGUGCUUCGGUGUUUCAUUGUCGGUUCGGACAUGGAGGCCGGCGUGUUCCGCGACCGGUUGUCGGAGGAGAGCAGCACGGCAGAGUCGGUGGAGAAUUUGCGUUCAUCACUGUACGUGCACCGCGGCGAGACGGAGACCGAGGUGCUCAAGUCGCUGCGAACUGAUGAAGACCGGGUCGCCUACAUGAUUGCUCGGAGUGCGGGCAGUGCCGGGUUGGCUCACUUGGCGUCGACGCGGCGUGGCGGCGGUGGCAUUGCAGCGUUGAUGUCUGCGAUUAAAAAGCAGAUGCUACGCCGCGAGGAUUUGCUCACGAUGAGUCCGGAGCAAAUAAUUGAGGCCGUGCGCGGCGUGGUGUUGGUGGAUGUACGCGAGUUACGGGCGAGUUUGCCGUUUGAAUUAUGGAAGGCGGGUGUCAAGUUGCGGCCGCUGACUAUGGAGACCUCGGACUACAUCCUGACGCCGAAAAUCGGGAUUGAACGGAAGGCCGUGAACGACCUGAUUAAGUCGCUGGCCAACGGGCGGCUGCUGAGCCAGGUGCAGCGGCUUGUCGCGACGUUCGCACAGCCCACUCUGCUCAUCGAAUUGCCCAACGGCCGUUUCUUCUACGGCGCUAAAGACCAGUCCGGCGGCAAGAGUGAUCCCAUGUUGAUCCCCCGUUUGAGUGUACUGAUGGCCGGGUUCCCCUCGCUCAAGUUCCUCUGGAGUUACGACGGCGGGUCCUUCACGCCCGAGUUGUUCAAAAUCCUCAAACGGUUCCAGCCGGACCCCACUUUGGCAGACGCGAAACGCACGCGACAGGGCGCCGCCGGGCGCCUGCUCAAGCGCGCGGCGGACUCACAGAACCCCGCGGCCAGCGACGCCAUUGCUUUCCUCCCCAGCUUCAGCACCGCGGUCUGCGACCAAGCCGUCACCCACGCCCGCACUCUCCGUGACCUGGCCAAUCUGACCAAGUCCCAGCUCCAAACCGCCCUCAACUCACGGGCCGGAGCGGACGCCUACGACUUCUUCAACCACGAUUUCCGCGCCCUCGCUUGA